CGGUGCAGCGAGUCACCUCGCAGCCUGCCAUCUAUUUAUGCAUCGUCCUCCUGCCCCCCUACACAUCUUAUCGUUGUCCCAACGUUCAGUCAGUAUACAACGUGCCAGACACACAAGCCGUGCACGGAGCCGCGUGUUGUUCAAGGACCCCAACCCCAGCGCUUACAGCCCCUCGCACUGGGACUCACGCCCGAUAAAGCGGGUGUGCUGCACUGAGCUAGCUACGUUGGCACACGGCUGCCUGCCGACGACGACCUUUCAGCAUAGUAUACCAGCGCCAUGGGUGGCCAGCCGUCCAAGAUUGCUGCCGCGGCGGUGGACGACGAGAAGCGCGCCGCCGAGCACUUCCGCGCCAUGACCAUCCGUGAAGGGGACGCGGGGCACGUCGACUACGUCGAGAUCGGUGACGGCGCGCACCACGAUGAGAAGGGCGGGCAUCGCGGGCCCAGCAGGGAGCCCGAGGGCCUGCCCCUCGAUGCGGUGGCCGCGCUGCCGUCCAGCAUCUUAUCGGACCCUAAGAACAGGUGAGAUGGAGGCCCCCUCCCCCGCCCCUCUGGUAGGGUAUGUACGCGAUGGUGAUGUUAGAGGGGCUGAGCUGACGGACUGCCUAUGCAACGACGACGACAGACUCGCCCUCGCGGCCCUCAGCUCCGCCAACCCCAAGCAGGUGCUGGCGCAGCUCCCCGCGCAAAUCGCCGACCAGCAAGUCUUCAACGUCAAGAUCCCCUUCGAGGGCGGGCCCAUCACCAACCAGCGCUCGAGCGGACGGUGCUGGCUCUUCGCGUCCACCAACGUCUUCCGCGUGGCGCUGAUGCGGCGCUACCGCCUCGACGCCUUCGAGCUCUCGCAGGCCUACCUCUUCUACUGGGACAAGCUCGAAAAGGCAAACUGGUUCCUCGAGCAGGUCAUCGAGACGGCGGGCGAGGACCUCGACGGCCGCCUCGUCCAGGCCCUGCUCGCCGGGCCCGUCUCCGACGGCGGCCAGUGGGACAUGGUCUACAACCUCGUCGACAAGUACGGCCUCGUGCCCCAGGCCCUGUACCCGGACGCCUGGAGCGCCAAGAACUCGUCCGUGCUCAACGCCGCCGUCGUCAACAAGCUGCGCGAGUAUGCGCUGCGCCUGCGCGCCGUCGUGAGGGGAAGCGACGGCAGCGCGCCCACGCCCCCGGCGCUCGUCGGCAACCUCAAGAUCACCAUGAUGCGCGAGAUCCAAAAGAUCAUGACGCUGCUGCUCGGCCCGCCGCCUAGCCCGACCAGUGCCUUUACGUGGCAGUACAACGACAGAGACGGCAAGGCACACGAGCUGACCAUUACGCCCAAGGACUUUGCCAAGAACAUCGCCAGCAGCGACCUGCGCGUCACCUCAUCCGUCAUCGAGAGCAUGGUGUCACUCGUCAAUGACCCUCGGCACGACCCACUGUCUCCCCUCACCGUGUCGCGCCUGGGCAACGUGGUCGGCGGCCGGGGCGUGAGCUACAUCAACGUGGAUAUGGAUACGCUCAAGGAUGCGUGCGUCAAGAUGCUCAAGGCCGGCCUGCCAAUCUUCUUCGGCUCCGACGUAGGCAAGUUCAGCGACAACGCGACGGGCAUCAUGGACCUCGACCUGAUCGACUACGAGGUCGGCAUCGGGUCCUCCCUGCUCGGCAUGAACAAGGCAGAGAGGCUGCGGACAGGCGAGAGCCAGAUGACACACGCCAUGGUCCUGACGGCGGUUCACGUAGACGAGCAGACGGGCAAGCCGGCGCGGUGGAGAGUGCAGAACAGCUGGGGCCCCGACGCGGGUGACAAGGGCUGGUUUGUCAUGAGCGAUGCCUGGAUGGACGAGUUUGUCUAUCAGGCUGUCGUCGACCCGCGCUUUUGGCAGCAAGGAAGUCAGGGACGUCCUGAAGAAGGACCCCAUUGUGCUGCCAUUGUGGGAUCCCAUGGGCGCUUUGGCUUAGUCGUUGGAAAGAGACUUUUGUACAUAAGUCAAGGAUGAGCCUUGUUGAGGCAGCAUGCCAAGUGCGCCUCUGAUUUUUUUACUCUCGGACGUCAUGUCGUUUGGUUGUCUGGCAAAAUGAAGGUCAGGCAGCAGUGUGGACCUCGUCCUGCACACUUACGUUCCCACGAUGGCGAUAUACGGAUGUGUAGAAUCAUCGAGAAUCGAUACUAUGUCCUUCCGCAAGAGGCACAGUCUAUCCAUCGUCUUUUCGCACCAACAACGCCGAGGGGUCGAUCUGUCUCAUGCGUGGCUUCAACAAGGGCAAGCCAACGCCUGCCUGGCCUUUCGAGGUGUCAAAGGGGCGUGGUCGACUCCGGAGCUAGCACCUCUGCCAGGAUCAUGGAUGCUGAGUAGACGGCUAGUAGCAGCGUCCAUGCCCAACAUGAGCAUUGCUUGCGGGUCGACGCCUCGUUGUCGCCCGGCGAUGCUGGUCAGGCGGGGUGCUUUGCGCUGACCCCCAAAUCUUGAUGUGUGCAUUUUUCACGUCUCAGCAGUUACACAGAGACACAUGGGGUUCGCACGACUCACCAGCGAGCCAACGCGCAUUGGUAGACCGCGAACCCCACUGAUGAUUGAUGUGGUCUGGUAUCAGGAGCGUUUCCGUGGCUGUUGAGUGACCUCGUCGGACAUCACACACGAUAGCCGUGAGACAUAAGGCUGAUGACAAGGCCCCUAGCGUACCUCGGCGAGUCAAGCCAGCUGUGGAGAUGAUUGCAAACUGAUCAUCACAGCCUCCAGCGGGGUUGGGUCAUCAUGUCAUGUCAGAUUUGGAGCCCAACGAUUGAUGUGCGUGCGUACUGUUGAUAAUGGGGUUGCACAUGACGAUGGUUUUCUGCGGACCAGGGCUGACCGGGUCGCCGGAGCAGGAGCGGACCCUCCCGCCCUGGUGAACAUUGACAACGCCCACCGAUUCUGUGGACGCCAAGGAAAAGAGAAUAGCAUUGAGGAAUUCGGAAUCGCAGAAUCGUCUGUGUGGCCAAGAUUGGAUGGAUGGAUGGCCAGCGAGACGUGAGCGUGGCGGUGGCCAACUUUGGCAUGUUGCGCUCGGAAGGAGCCACCACGCCAUCCACUGGUCCUUCCUUCCACGCUCAAUUCGCAGUAACGUGACAGCUUUUGUUCUCCUUUGUCGGGGAUUUUUUUCUUCUUUUCUUUGAGAACCGCAAGCAAUGGAC